AUGAUUUUAAACCUUACCUCGGAUAAUAGAAUAAGUUCUAUUAAAAAUAUAUCAAUUGAUGUACUCAUUUCGAAUUUGUAGUUGUCUAUAGCUGGAGGAUCUAAUUUUAUAGUUAGUUAUCAAAAAUAAUUUGAUUUGGUAUCAGAAUUUAGAGAUUAUGAAAUUCAAGAUCAAACUUCUCUAAUUGGUGUUACUUUUAAUUGGUAGUGCAAGAGUUUAUCAAGUGAUGAUCACAUUUGUUAUGAUUAUAAUCAUCAAAAAGUUUAACUAAAACAAGGGAUAAGUUCAAUCUCUUUCCCUGAAAGAAAUUUCCAGCCAUAUAGCAUCAUUGUGCUAACUAUAGAUGGAUAAAAAGAAAAAAGGUCAGCUAGUUUUUCAGCCACUUGUAUUUUUACAGAAGUAGAUAUUCCUCCAUUAACUGUUUUAUCUCCUUCUCAACAGUAAAAUCAGAAAAUAAAUCUAAAUUAAGAGCUUGACUUCAUUAUUAAAUACGACUCAAAUGUUUCUUCAGAUAUAUUAUCUUAUGCUGGGGCUUUGUUGUAUAAAAAUAAAAUAGUUGGAGCCAUAAAAUUUGAUUACUUCUAAGUAAAAUUUAGAAUAUGGAACUACUUUUAAAAUAUCGAUCCUUCUGUCACAACGGUUUAAGUACGUUUUUCUGUUUACAAUCCAUCUUAUGUCAUGCCAAGUUUAGCAACAAUUAGCCUUUUAAUUAACACACCUCCUAAAAAUUGCAUUCUUUCAAUAACUCCAAACCAAGGAGUAGCUCUCAAAACAAUUUUUUCUAUUUAGUUCUCAAAUUGUGUGGAUGAAGACUCUCCAUUAACUUACUAAUUCUUUUACUAUAAUAACCAAGUAGAUUAUGAACAAGAACUAGAUUCACCUUGGAAUAUUUCAAGAAGAUUAAUAAAAGAUUAAACAACUAGCUAUGUGAUGAAUACUACUCUACCUUAAGGAAACUUAGUUAUAAUGAGCCAAGUGAUGGAUUCUUAACUAGGUGUUACUAAUAGCACUUUAACUGUUCAAGUAAGUGAAUAAAAUGAAACAGAAGAUAAUUAUUAUUAACUAGUGGACUAACUUAUAAAAUAAGCUCAGUAAAAUUCUUAAUCAUAUAAUGAUUAAGUAGUUUCUUUGAGUAUUAUUGGAGAAGAUUUAAGCAAAAGUAAACAAUUUUAGACAUCCUAAAAAAUCAAUGAUAUGAAAGCUUAACUCAUAUCGAAUUUGUAGGAAAAAUCAUUUUAAUUACCCUAAUUUUCUCUUCUAUCAACUUAUGCAAAUAAAGUAAUUGCAUAAUUGCAAUAAACUCUCACAGAUUCAAAAGAGAAUUAGAAAAGCUCAAUUUAUAACCAAUUACUCAAAAUUAUAAAAAACACAUAGUCAAGCAUAUAAAAUAACAAUUCAAGCUCACUUUAGCAAAAUAAUGAUUAUCAAAUUCAAAAUCUGAUUGAUUCUUUUAAAAUUUUAAAUUCUACAGUCAAUUAACGUAGCUCAAUGAUAGAUUUUGAACAUUAUAAUAACAUAUCGUUCCAGAUAGGAAAUAUACUUUCUAACAGCACACUUCCUAAUCAAGGGUCACUCAUAUUAGAAGGUAAUUUAUCUUCUAUACUGUCUGACACAAUAACUCAAAAAAAUAUAUAUAGAUAUGCACUACCAUUUAAUGACUCGGAUUCUUAAAAUUCUACAAACUAAUUUAACAUAGUUAGAAACACAUAUUCAAUAAAUAUUUAUGAAAACACACCUAACUUUCAAGAAUAUGUCAAGUAAUAUGAGAAUAUUAGUUAGAAUUUUUAGUAUUCAAAAAAUAAAGUAAUAGCUACUACAAUAAACAGUACAGGUUCUAAAAGUUUAAUAAAUAAUUCGAGAGUGGCAUUUUAAUUUAAUAAUGCAAUUUCUAGUACAAAAUAUAACAUGACUUGUUUAUAAUAAAAGGAUGUCAAAUGGUCUAAGAAAGAUUGUAGUAUCUUAAAAUCAGAUGAUAAUAACUUCUUAUGCUUGUGUAAAUCAUAGUCUCCUACAACUAUUAUUGAAGAUAUAGAUGACAUGUUUUUAUAGAAUAAAAACUUAGAUACAGUACUGGGAGAAUAAGGUAUAUUAAAUAUACUGAAAUUUAAAUAGUUCUACUUGUAUGCAUCCUUUUGGGUUCUCUCAACUUUUACUGCACUUGAAAUUUUUUUGCUGAUUUUAGGAAGAUACUUAGAUCGAAAAACAAGAAAUAGAAUGGUUUCAUAUGUUUUUCCAGAAAUAGAAAUUAAUAAAUAAAAUGAUUAGGAAUUGUAAGAAUAAGCUCACAUAUAAUCUUUCCCGAAAAUAUAAUUAGAAAAAGAAGACUAGAAACCUAAGGUAUCACCACCUACUCCUCCUUAAACUAAUUAGCGUAUUCCAAAUUUAAUUUUAUAGAAAAAUGAGUCUUCAAAAUCUUCUUAAGAAGUAUAGUCUACUUAAUAAAGCUAAAUAACUUAAUAAGUGCCUUAUGCUAGACGUAAAAGGUAAAAGUUUUAGAUUUUUUAAGCUUAAGAAAAAUUACAACUGAAUAGUAUAAAUACCUUAUCUUAAAACAGAGAAGAGGGUAAUUAACUUUAAGUUUAUAAAUAGCCCAGUACACUUGAUUCAGAAGAAAAUCGUUUACGAUCUAUUUAAAUAACAUCAUAAAAUAUAAUAAAUGGAAUUUAAGUUUCCCAUUUAAAAGAAAAGUAAUAAAUGGCUUUUGAAAAGGCUUCUUUCUUCAAAAGAAUGGCAAUUUUUCAUUAAUUUUUGGGAAUAUUUUUUCUUUAUGAUGAAAAAAUUUCAAGACCUACUCGAUUCACUCUGUUUUAUAUCAAGAAUAUUCAUACUUUAUCAAUUUCGUUGCUGUUCUCCUAAUAUAAACAUAUUAUUUAGCUAGUCAUAAUUGCCUUAAUUAACAAGGCAUGUUUGGAAAAUUGA